UACAGAGAGAGAGAGAGAGAGAGAUACCUGAAGGAGACAUGAAUCGUGUCGAGAUUCAGAUCGAAAGGGAAAUUCUUGUCGAGAACAAUGGCGAUUCAUGGUGGGUAACUGCUAUCACUGGUAGCCGCACUACCAGACAUCUGGGUCCCAUCAUCAUCACCCCCACCACCUCCAACUUCUUCUUCAAUCCCCCUCUUCCCCUCUGUUUUCCUCUCAUUUCACUUCAUGGAAGCAGCCCUAGGUUUGAUCACCAGUAGCGCCAUUGGAACCGGCACCGGCACCGGUGGCGGCGGCUCCUCCGGGGCCUCCAAUGAUGAAAAUACGCUUUCGAAGGCGGAGGAGGUGGAGAAGCAUCACGCCGAUUUGUCAUCCGAGGAGUCUUCUUUCCCUGUUGAGGCCGAGCUCGAACUAGGGCUGGGGCUGAGCCUCGGAACCGGGGUUACCGCCGGAAAGGCUAAGCACGGUGCGUGGGGCGAGCGCGGCCGGAUUUUAACGGCCAAGGAUUUUCCGUCGGCGAUCUCUCCUGGUGGGUCGUCUUCUUCUUCGCCUAGGUUCUCAGGCAGAGCUACUGCUGCUGCUGUUUCUGGUGUCAAGAGGGCGGCGGAAUGUGUUUCCCAUGACGGCGGAUCUCCUCCUCCGGCUGUCAGUCAGGUGGUGGGAUGGCCGCCCAUAAGAGCUUACAGAAUUAACAGCUUGGUUAACCAAGCUAAAAACCAAAGGGCUGGAGAAGAAAAGGAGCAACACUCUCUCAAGAACAGAUCGAAUGGUGUUCCAGAGAAGAUCCAAGAUAGCAAAAUUACAAGUGCUGCUGAUACCGAAAAGGGACCUCUUGGGUUUGUGAAAGUGUAUAUGGAUGGGGUUCUUAUCGGCCGGAAAGUGGACUUGAAUGCCCAUUGUUGCUAUGAGACUUUAGCCCUGAUGCUUGAGGACAUGUUUUUUCAGUCUGCAGGGAGCGUCGAAUCCACUGGCUUAAGUGCAAAUCAGAAUGAACAUGCACCAAAACUCUCAAAACUUCUGAAUGGUUCCUCUGAGUUUGUGCUCACCUAUGAAGACAAAGAGGGAGACUGGUUGCUUGUUGGGGAUGUUCCUUGGGGGAUGUUCUUCAACUCCGUUAAGAAACUUCGAAUCAUGAGGACGUCUGAGGCAAAGGGACUCGCUCCAAGGUGUCAAGGAAGGAGUGAGAGAAAUGGAAUCAAGCCCAUUUAGAACCAUUGUUUUAACCCUGUCCAUGUGAAGAUAAUGUGAAAGUUGGUCAACAUGAGUAGAGAUAGAAAAAGAGAGAGUGAUUUUGCUGAUCUAAUUCUUUUGCUUGUUUUUUGUUUGCUUCUGAUUUAUGGUUCUUGAUUUUUUGAAUGGUUUUCUAAACCAUUAACCCCCCACCCCGCCCCAAAUGAAAGAAAGAAAGAAAGAGAUCGUCUUAUACAGUGUUACCAUACAGGCUUAUGAACUUGGCUACGAUUACGUUUUUGGCUUAAAUCAACUAAAGUUGUUUCCUUGGCAAAGGGAAAGCUGGUACUGGUUGCGAACUCCAACUCGCUGCAUUGGUCGACUAUCUUUUUAAUGGUGCUUUCUUCUGUAUGUGGAUUUAGUCUAAUGUGAUUUGGUCGUGUUUAUAAGGUGAAGAUGGUUUCAUCUUUUGCUUGGUGUUUGUCCUUUGAACAGAAGCUUCAUUUAGAGUAAUGCUUAAUAUGUAAUCUUGUACCUUUAAAGACAAUUACCCAUGGGUUCCAUUACAUUUCAACUAUUCAACUGAGAUCGAAUGAUUUAAA